GGAUCCACAGGUGUAAUUGGUUCAGGCUCUGGCACAGGAGCGGGAGCUGGUACAGGAAAUGGAAGUGGAGCUGGCUCUGGGGCCGGUACAGGCAGUGGUACCGGAGCAGGCGCAGGAAUGGGUGCUGGUUCAGGAACAGGAACAGGCAGCGGAUCAGGAACAGGUACAGGAACUGGAAGUGGAUCAGGAUCUGGUAUGGGAUCAGGAAGCGGCACCGCAUCUGGUUCUGGAACUGGUUCGGGUAUGGGAUCAGGUAGCGGUUCAGGAGCUGGCACAGGAUCAGGAAGCGGAUCAGGGUCCGGUACGGGAUCAGGAAACGGUAACAACAGCGCGUCAGCAUCGGCUAGCGCUACGGGUAAUGGCCAAACUAACACAUCGCAGGAAUCGAACAGUGGAUCCGGCACAGUGAACGCAAACGCGGGCGCUUCGGCCGGAAUCCGGUUUGGACAGAACCCUUCAGGAGUUGAUCCCAACAAUCCAGAUUUUGUUGGUGAAUUCCCUCGCCCGAUUUUCCAGCAGUUUUGAAGUAAACAAACAAAAACUCAUCUCGGGGAGCGCAAAAGAGAGAAUGAACGUGAAUGUGUCAACAACGAAAACUAG